AUGGAAUACCCAGAGCCCUAUGAUCAAAGCCUCUCUUCCCGGCUCCUCCUCUGCACAGCCUGUGGCACCCAAUUCCCCGCGACGGAUCGGCAGCAGAUCAAGACAUGCCACAUUUGCGAUGACGUAAGGCAAUACGUCCCUCGGUCGGGGCAGUCGUUCACCACGCUGCAGGCCAUCUGCAGCUCGUCCCAGGGCCAUCGCAAUCAAUUCGAGGUGUACGAGGCCGAGGAGCGGCUCGUCUUUGUCAAGACGGUGCCGCAGGUGGGCAUAGGCCAGCGAUGCAUCAUCGUCCGGACGCCCCAGGGCAACGUCCUCUGGGACUGCAUCACCCUACUCGACGAGGCCACCAUUCAGAGGAUCAAGGACAUGGGCGGCCUCCGGGCCAUUGUCAUCAGCCAUCCCCAUUUCUACACCACGCACGUCCAGUGGGCGCGCGCCUUUGCGUGUCCCGUGUACGUGGCGGCGGAGGAUGCCUCCUGGACGACGAUGCCGAGUGCGCAUCGCAAGCUCAUCACCGAAACAGAGACAGACAUCUUUGGCACCAAGGUGAUCAAAAUGGGGGGUCACUUCCCCGGGUCUCUAGUCCUGCUCUGGCAAGGCCGGUUGCUGAUUGCCGACACGAUCCUCACCACGCCCUCCGGUCUCGGCGACUGGUCGGUCAACGCCCUCGGCGAGGACACCACCCACGUCCCGCCGCCGCCGGACAGGAACACAUUCACCUUUCAGUGGAGCAUCCCGAACAUGAUACCGCUCUCUGCGGAUGAGCUGCUGCGGAUGUGGACUGUCCUGCAGCCGUACACGUUUACGAGCACGCAUGGCGGGUUUAUGGGGCAGGACAUUGAGGAUGAGGGUGUCAAGGGCCGCGUGCUGAGGAGCAUGCAGAUUCAGUGCCGCUACAUGGGCGGCGAAAAUCACCCUCUGAUGAAGGUCACGUUGUAG